CUUCGGCAGUCAAUUUCAUGGCGUAAGCCGAGCGGCGACGAUGGGGUGCACCUGAAGAAACCCGCAGCGCCAUAUAAUCCCAACCAAGCCCACUCGUUUGGGUGUGCAUCGCUUCGUCCUCUCCUUAGUAGAUGAGAACAGCAGAAACCGCUACCGCUGUAGCAGCUAGAGCUAUAGCUAGCUAGCUUGUGGCCGAGUCUUCCAUAGCAUUGCGAGGGAGAAAGGGAUGGGUAGUUUGGGAGAGGUUGAUCAUGGCAAGGAGAUGUUCCAUGGCCAUGGCCAUUCUGACCCCGUCGUCGACGAGCUCAACAGACUGGAGAAUCUUCUCAGAGAAAAGGAGAGAGAGCUAGGACAUGCAUAUAAUGAAAUAAAAGGCUUGAAGGUGAUGGAAGCUCUGAAAGACAAGGCUAUUGCUGAGCUGAGCAAGGAACUGAGGAAACAGGACGAGAAGAUGAGAAGUUUGGACAAACAGCUUGAGCAGAAGAAUCUGGAUGUGAAAAGACUAAGCAAUGAGCGUAAAGAAGCAUUAUCUGCACAGUUCGCUGCGGAGGCAACACUCAGAAGGAUCUACUCGUCUCAGAAAGAUGAGGAAGCAAUUCCCUUUGAUGCCAUCAUAGCGCCCCUGGAGUCGGACAUAAAAAAGUACAGGCAUGAGAUUGCAGUGCUCCAGGAUGACAACAAGGCGCUAGAACGACAUCUAAAGUUGAAGGAGGCGGCGCUUGUCGAAGCAGGGAACAUUUUGCGUAGCGCGCUUGAGAGGGCACUAAUAGUAGAAGAUGUUCAGAACCAGAACAUUGAACUGAAGAAGCAGAUGGAGAUCUACCAUGAAGAGAACAAAUUAUUAGAGAAGAAUAACAGACAACAGGUGUUGGAGAUCGAGAAGCUCUCACAUACCAUCAAUGAGCUUGAGGAGUCCAUUCUUGCUACUGGCGAGGUUGCUAAUGCAGUACACUUCUUUCAGAAUCAGGCUGCCAAGUUGAAUGAGGAAAAGAAGACUCUUGAGAGGGAGCUAGCUCGAGCCAAGGUUUAUGUCAAUCGUGUUGCAUCGACAGCGGCGAAUGAAUGGAAAGACGACUCUGAUAAGCUGAUGCCUGUCAAGAGAUGGCUGGAAGAACGAAGGCUUCUGCAGGGAGAGAUACAGCGACUGCGUGACAAGAUAACAAUAGCCGAGAAAUCUGCAAAGAUUGAAGCCCAGAUUAAUGACAAACUCAAAAGGAGACUGAAGUCACUAGAAGAUGACAUGAGAAAUGAAACAUCCAACUCAUCUGCAAAGGAAAUUAACAAACGAGCUACCCCCAAAAGAUCAACAUCUCAACAAAGACAACCCAGCACAGCCAGAGUGUCACAUCAACCACCAUCAUCUGAAGCCAUUGACAGGAGAAGGCCAAUAUCUCAACCCAGGGCAUCAAUGGCAGGGAAAGUGUUGAAGCAGCCUAAUUCAGAUACCGAACCUGCAGAGAAGACUAGGAGUGUUAAGCGAUCGGAGAGUCCAAGAGCAAGAACUGUUAUCGGUAAAGGGGAGCGCCCAGUGAAAAAUCAUCUAUGGGCGCCGAGAAGCAAAAUGACCUCUGAUGCUGGGAAGGAGAACAAAGAACAAAAUCCGAAUUCCAACGCACAUCUGAAUGCUUCACGUUUACAAGGACGUGAUGACACAAUAUCACACACUGUUAUAGAUGCAAAUGGCGAAUGUGGAGUUCAGUGUGGUGAACAUCAAGAAGCCAUGGAGGAUGAUGGAAAUGCAUAUACCUCCGAUGCUUGAAGUAGUACUUGGGACAACAGGGAACGUUGAGGUAUUGAGGAUUCCCUUUUGCAUGAGGGUACCUAAUAGAAGGGCAAAUACAAUUAUCAUGUACAUGUGCAACAUGUGACUUAUUUUGAAGAUCAUGUUUCAAUUUAUUCAGUUUGGGAGAUUGUUUGUACAACAAAACCAGCAGCGGUGUCUUAUGUUGUCUUGUUUCUUUGUUCUCUCCUGUACAUAUAAAUUAUACCGUGAACUUUACAAAUGUAAUUUGUGCCUGCUGAAAAGAAAGAAAUCAAUUUGUGGGGUUUUGAGGAAA